AUGCCCCGCAGCCUCCGUUCUGGCGCGGCCAGAGCCAAAACCUGGGUCCUCACAGAGAAGGACUUGGCCCAGUCAUGGACACGUCAUCGUCUGGCAGCUGGGCCGGCCGGGCCUGCAGGUGAUAGAGGCUCCACAGCCACUGGGACCUGGAGAUUUUUGGCCAGGAGCUUCCCAGAGCCAUCGGGCCCACUGGGUCUGCGAAAAAGCCACCUGUGGAUUCUUCUCUAUGGCACCAAGUUUCGGUCAGCUGAAUCCCAGGUUUCAAGCCUUUCAAAAGUAUUGCAGCAGAUUGCAGGGAGAUUUGACUCCCAGCAGUUCCUGUUGGCUGUGCGGAUUGCCGUUGACUUUGGAGCCUCAUUGAAUUGGAGUGCCCCAUUGGUGAAUCAACCGCGGCAUGCCAGAUAUUUGUGCCGACAUCCUGGAAAAUUGACCAAAGUCAUCGAUACCAUCUAUGGAGACGGCACGAAGGACAGAAAGAAACCUGAAGGCUUUCGACAUUACAACGAUUAUCUGUGGCCAUUCUCUCAGCAGCUGGCGGUUUUAAUCGCAGCACGCUCCCGGGAUUUUGGCCACGACAUCCUGAAGGUCUUCUGCACGUUGGUCCAUCAUGCCGGGAGGCUCGCCUUUCGCAAAGUCCCUGAGGAGCAGACAGCAGCUGUUGUGAAACAGAUUUGCGACCAAAGAGGUGACGAUGGAAACAAGAUAAAGUGGACAUCGUAUGAUGCUGCGGAGGUGUUCUGCGCAGCGCAUCGCCUUGGUCUGCCAAUGACCAAGGCUCUGACCAGUCUGACGCGCAUCAUUCGUCAAGAUCUGCAGGAAGUCAGGGCAGAGAAUCUUCCGAUUUUGGCGCGUGGCCUUGGGAAAGGUGAUUGGCAUGAAGAGUUCGUGCUACUGCAUGCAAUAUGUCGACAAGGCUCUUUGGCUCUGCAAGAAGGAGUCUUAAAGGCACAAGCGGCUUGCGCCUUCAUUGCGGUCUGCAGCAACAGCAAUUGGCAGAUCUUUGAUGAAGAACUUCUGCAGAAUGCUUCCAGAGCUUUCCAAAAUGGUUCAAAGGACCUGUCCACGAAGGAGCUCUGCGAUGUGAUCUAUUCGGUUAGCAGCUUUCAAGUCCGCGACGUCAUUGCAAUGGACGAAAUUUGUGCUGAGUUGACUCAACGGGCUAAAGACCGAAAACUUGCUGAGACGGAAAUGGUGAAAUUGGCCCGUGGACUCUUGAAGCUUCGGCAUCGAGAUGAGUCCUUGAUGAAUGCCUUAGCUCCGUUGGUCUUGGAGUCAAAGCAGAAGAUGCUGCCUGUGAGUUUGUGCAAUCUGAUCGCGGCCUUCUCUUACUUCAGUAGCAGCUCAGAUGAUUUCUAUGUCGAGCUUCUGGGCAGCAUCACGGAUCGCGCCAGCAAGCUACAGCCGAUCUCGGUGCAGCACAUUCUGACAGCGCUCUGUCGCUUGCAGGGACGCGUGGCCAGUGAGAAACUGCAGAUGCCCUUGGAGAGGCUCUGUGAUCACAUCGCGAAUCUCUCAGCGUCCUUUAGCCCCGUCCAAGCCAUGAGUUCCCUGUCCGCUUUGGCCAAUCUGCAGCAGCGCGACUUGGCAUCCGCCUCCGUCUUUGCCAGCGUCCUCUGUGGAACUUCAGAGGUGCAUUGGCACUGGGCCAAGUCCCCUCAGUGCCUGCGUCAGCUGCGGAGCAUGGACUGCGUCAGCUUCGAGGAAUCCAAGUGUCGUGCGGUGAUGGACCAACUCGACAGCAGUCGUUGUGUGGAGAUCCUACAGAGUUUGUCAUCCUUGGAGUUGAACUCAAGGCUCACCUGUCAUAUGACGGCCCUGUUGUGCAGUUUGUUGGCACCACAACUACAUGACCUGCGGGCCAAAGAGGUCAUUGUGGUGGCUCGCGCCUUCAGCCCUGAACGCAUCCCAGAUGUUUUCUGGAGCAGAGGGAAGUUGUCUGGAGCGCAUCCCAGCUGUCUAACGGAUGGAUCCAUCGACAGCGAGGGACCCAGUCGGUGGCGCGAACGUGCACUGGAUCUGUGCUUUCAAAGUUUGAGGCGUCAUGAGCAUUUUCUGGAUACCACUUACUUUGCCUUGCUACCUUUCAAGCUCCUUUGUUUGCAGGUCAAUCUGGGAACGUUUGACACCAGAAAGCUGGAGGAGUUUCUCAAUCCAAUGCUGUUGGCUUUUGUGGAUCGACUGAGAAACCUUACAAAGGAGGAAUGCGCAGCGAACCGUGCACGCCGGGAAGGGGAGGACGAGGAAGGCGAAUCCUUUGCGCUGACCGAACCAAUGGAUCUGGGGCCCGAAAAAAUUGAUUGUGAGAGCGGGCACCGCAUUCUACUGGGCAGUUACCUCGGAGAUUUGCAGGUGGAUCUGCUUUUGGAGAGGCCCUCGAAAAAGAUGGCGCGAGGGCGCAUGGUGUCAUGGGUAGAUGUUUUUUUCUGA